AUGAACGAAGUUUUAGCAAAGAAUCAAAUCAAUUGUGCAAGCAACAGGCAGCAAAAAAAAGUUGCUUUUGAGUGUUUGAAAUGUAAAGUUGAAUUAACAAACAAUUUGUACAAUCAAUUAGUUGCAUCAUUGGCGCCGGAGGCGUUUUCCGAGUCUGUUGCAGUUCUGGUGCAUUCGUUGAACGUCAACUGGGAAUAUUUUGUGAACGUCAAUGAUAAUUCAAAAAACGCUUAUCGAAGAGCAAUUACGAAUACAUGCGUUUCAGUUAUGACAUGA